AUGGGAAGAGACCUUCACACCAAUGUGACAGAGUUUAUCUUCCUGGGAUUUUCUGAUUUAUCUAGUUCACUCCAGUCCAUUCUUUUUAGUUUUUUCCUCUUUGGCUAUAUCCUUACAUUACUAGGAAAUGGUCUAAUCAUCCUGACUGUUACAUCUGACCCCGUGCUUCAUACCCCUAUGUAUUUCUUUCUGAGGAACCUAUCACUGCUUGAGCUGAUCUAUACCACAGUCACCAUUCCCAAAGUACUUGAAGAUUUCUCGUCUAAGAAGAGGUCCAUCUCCUUUACUGGUUGUGCUGUUCAGAUGUUUAUUUUCUUCGCUGCAGGAGUUUCAGAAUGUGUUUUCCUUGCAGUGAUGGCCUUUGAUCGAUAUGUGGCUAUCUGCCACCCUCUAAGGUAUAUGUCUGUUAUGAACAGAACCUUGUGUUACAAACUGACUGUCGGAUCAUGGGCGAUGGGAGUUUUUGAGUCUUUGAGAGAUACAACCUUCAUCUUCACUUUGCCUUAUUGUAAUUCUAACUACUUAAAUCAUUUCUUCUGUGAUAUCCCCCCACUGCUCAGCCUGGCUUGUACCAACACAUUCAUCAAUGAACUCUCUGUCUUUAUGGCUUGUCUUGUGGGGGCCACAAUCCCAUUUCUUCUCAUUCUUUGUUCAUAUAUCAACAUUCUGUCAUCUAUAAUGCGGAUACACUCAGCAGAGGGUCGUCAUAAGGCAUUAUCCACGUGUGGAUCUCAUCUGACCUCUGUUAUUUUAUUCUAUGGAGCGGCCAUGUUUAUGUAUUUACGUUUAGGGACCCAGGGUUCGACUGGCAAUGAUAGAAUGAUAGCUCUUUUCUACUGUAUGGUAAUUCCUGCCAUUAAUCCCCUGAUCUACAGCCUACGAAACAAAGACAUGAAGACAGCUCUACUAGAGCUAACAUUGCAGACUGUGAAUAGAUCCAAAAGACAAACUUUCUGA